AUGGGCACAUUAAAACAGUUUAUUAAGUCUGUAAGAUCAGCAAAGACAGCUGCUGAUGAACGUGCAAUUAUUCAGAAAGAAUCAGCUGUAAUUCGUGCUUUUUUCCGUGAAGAAUCUAAUAAUCAUUAUUAUCGUCGGAAUAACCUUUCUAAACUACUCUAUCUUUAUAUACUUGGAGAAUGUACUCACUUUGGGCAAAUUGAAUGUCUUAGACUUCUUGCAAGUCCACUGUUUGCAGAUAAACGUCUUGGAUAUCUAGGAACUAUGCUUUUGCUUGAUGAAAAUCAAGAAGUAUUAAUGUUAGUUACGAAUUCUCUUAAAAAUGAUUUGAAUCACCCUAAUCCGUAUAUUGUUGGAUUAGCACUUUGUACAUUAGGAAAUAUUGCAUCACCAGAAACAGCACGUGAUUUAUUUUUGGAUAUUGAGAAGCUAAUGGAUUCACCAAAUGUGUAUAUUCGUAAAAAGGCUGCAUUAUGUGCUAUGAAAAUUAUACGAAAAGUUCCAGAUUUUCUGGAGAAUUUUAUAGAUCAUUCGAAAUCUCUAUUAAAGGAUAGGAAUCAUGGUGUAUUGCUCUGCGGGUUAACUCUUAUUAUUGAUAUGUGUAUUCAUAAUCCAAGUAUAAUAAAAUAUUAUCGUCCUCUUACCUCUUAUUUUGUAAAGCAUUUAAAAUCACUUGUUAAUUUUGGUUUUUCUCUUGAAUAUGAUGUUUCAGGAAUUACGGAUCCAUUUUUACAAGUAAAAUUUUUAAGACUAUUAAGAGUUUUGGGGCAUGGAGAUAUAGAAGUUAGCGAACAAAUAAAUGACAUAUUGGCGCAAGUUGCUACUAAUACUGAAUCAUCAAAAAAUGUUGGAAAUUCUAUUUUGUAUGAAACAGUUCUUACAAUUUUGGAUAUUGAGGCAAAUAAAGGGUUAAGAGUUCUUGGUGUUAAUAUUCUCGGCAAAUUUUUAUCUGACAAUGACAAUAAUAUAAAAUAUGUUGCAUUAAAUACAUUGAGUAAAGUCAUUUCUAUAGAGCCUAAUGCUGUGCAGAGGCACAGAAGCACUGUAUUAAAAUGUCUUCGUGAUCCCGAUAUAUCAAUACGAAGGCGAGCUUUGGAUCUGUCUUUUGCAUUAAUUAACGAAAGCAAUAUCCGAAUAUUAGUGAGGGAAUUGUUAGUAUUUUUGGAGACUGCUGAUAAUGAGUUUAAAUUAAAUAUGACAACCCAAAUAUCUAUCGCAGCUAAUAAAUUUGCACCAAAUAAAAGAUGGCAUAUUGACACCAUACUUAGGAUUUUAAGGCUGGCUGGGAAUUAUAUUAAAGAACACGUUUUUUCUAAUUUUAUUCAAUUUAUUAUUACUACUCCAGAGCUCCAAUCUUAUACAAUCAGAAAAUUAUUUUUUUCUUUACAAAAAGAUAUAACACAGGAAGCUCUUACUCUUGCUGGAAUAUGGAUGAUAGGAGAAUAUGGCGAGCUUUUGUUGCAACCAUAUCAAUCAUUUGAAGAAGAGCUUAAUGAUGUUGUUAAAGAAUCAAACAUUAUAGAACUUUUCAAAAAUAUUAUUGAUUCUACUCAUUGUUCUAAAACCAUCAUGGAAUAUCUCAUGACUUCUUUAAUGAAACUUUCUGUUCGUAUUAAGGAUCAAUCUCAGAUUGAAAAAAUACGUAAUUUAUUUGGUAAAUAUUCAACAAGUAUAGAUGUCGAAGUUCAGCAAAGAUCUAUGGAAUACGAAAGGCUUUUUCAAUUUGAUGAAAUACGAGAAGGGGUUUUAGAGAAAAUGCCUCCAUUUGUAAUUAAAGAUUCUGAAAUGUUUGAUUUUUCUACUAGAAAACUAAAAAGUCGGAAAGAAGCUGAUGAAGACCCUUUGUUUGAUUUGCUUGAUGGUGAUUUCUUUUCGAAAAAGGAUUCAAAUGACAUAAAUAAUAACAAAAGUGCAAUUUUGGAUAUUCUUGGAUCUUUAAAUCACUGUGAAUCCAAAGACACUGAAAAAAAUGUCUCUGUUUCCGUUCAAAAUCCCGAAUUACUUGGUAUAGGUGUCGAUUUUACUUCUUAUAAGUUUAAUGAAACAACUGGAAAUGAUAUUUAUACUGUAUAUGAAAAAAAUGGUCUCAAGUUUACUUUACAAAUAGAUUCAUUGCAUAUUUCUGAUAUGUGCACAAUCGUUAUUACAAAUCGAUUUCUAAAUGUUGGUCUUACUCAAAUUUCAAAAAUUAAUUUGCAAGCUGCUGUAAUAAAAUCUCAAAAAUUACAAAUGUAUCCUAUCUCAGGAACUUUUAUAGAACCUGGCGGAAAUUUAAUGCAAACAAUGAAAAUAACUGCUUCAAAGGGGUCUUUAUUGCGACUUCGUUUUAAAAUCUUAUAUAAUUGUUAUGAAUUAGGUGAUGUUGUCGAACAAGUUGAUUUUAAUCAAUUUCCUCAUAAUCUUCUUUUCUAAUUACAAUUAUCUGCAUAUCAUAAUCUACUUAUGCAUAUUUAUUAAUAUUUCUCU